CGCCUCUUGGCCCAGGGCCAGCCUAAAUAAUUCAUCACAGCCCCGCCACUGACCGAGACACUCUCCCGAGCACACCUACUUAAGCCUCCUGCCCCCAGGACUCUUGUGCUUUCCCAUCUGCACACCUUGCACAUACACUUCCUUCGCCAGACACCCACCUCACCCCCCCAAACACCUCCUUCCCCACAACAGCAAUCAUGGCCGAGUCAACAAUCCUCUCCAACACCGCCAACCUCGAGAAGUACCUUAAGCUCCCGCAGGGCAACAAGGUCAUUGCCGAGUACGUCUGGAUUGACGGCUCCAACGGCCUCCGCUCAAAGUGCAAGACCCUAAAUAAAAAGGUUACUAGCCUCAAGGACCUCCCCGAAUGGAAUUUCGACGGCUCUUCCACCGGCCAGGCCCCGGGCAACAACUCCGAUGUCCUCCUCCGCCCGUGUGCCUAUUACCCCGAUCCUUUCCGUGUGGGCGGUGACAAUAUCCUCGUCAUGUGCGAGACCUGGGGACCUGAUGGCAAGCCCAACGCCUACAACUUCCGCCAUGACGCCGACGUCGUGAUGCAGGCACAUGCUUCGCACGAGUUCUGGUUCGGUCUGGAGCAAGAGUAUACCCUUCUCGACUUUAACGGCUGGCCGUAUGGUUGGCCCAAGAGUGGCUUCCCAGCUCCCCAGGGCCCAUACUACUGUGGUGUUGGCACUGGCAGGGUCUUCUGCCGUGACAUCGUCGAGUCGCACUACAAGGCGUGCAUGUAUGCCGGCAUCAACAUUUCUGGCACUAACGCUGAGGUCAUGCCUGCCCAGUGGGAGUACCAGGUCGGCCCGUGCACCGGCAUUUCUUUGGGCGACGAGCUCUGGAUGUCUCGAUUUAUCCUCCACCGUGUUGCUGAAGAGUACGGCGCCAAGGUCACGUUCGCUCCCAAGCCCAUUCCCGGCGACUGGAACGGUGCUGGUCUCCACACCAAUGUCUCGACCAAGGAGAUGCGUGAGGAGGGUGGUAUGAAGUACAUUGAGGCGGCUAUGGAGAAGCUCUCCAAGCGCCAAGCUGAGCACAUGGCCGUCUAUGGUGAGGACAACCAGCUCCGUAUGACUGGCAAGCACGAGACUUCGUCGUACGACAAGUUCACCUGGGGUGUUGCCAACCGUGGCUCAUCCGUCCGUGUUCCCCGUUCCUGCGCCCAGGAGGGCAAGGGCUAUUUCGAGGACCGUCGCCCGGCCUCCAAUGCCGACCCAUACCAGAUCACCGGCAUUGUCGUCGAGACUCUGUGCGGCAUGGUCGAAGGCGCCAACAUGUCGAGGAAGGUGGCCGAUGCUGAGCCCGUUGAGCAGGAGGUGGUUGUUGCCAAGUCGUAAAAGGCUCUCUCAAAAAUCACUUCCUCGUAAUACCCCAAAUUCCUAUUCCUUAUCCCUGUCCCUAGACCACGACUUUCAACACAAUAACCCCAUCAACACUACUUUGGGAGCACGAUAGAUGACUGUCGGAUUGCUUUCCUUCCCCCCUUACACACUCAUAUCCCUCCGCCCCUCACCACACAAACACCCCAAAUCACACAUUCUGUAAACCACAUAUUAUCGAACACACCCCCUACCAAUCAGCAAGAGCGGGAGCGAUGAGUGGAGGCGGGGUUAUGAGGUCGGCUGGCGGCUCUUUUCUAGCCCCUCGCUUCCUUUCCUUCCGGACGCCCUGGUUGGUUGUAGGUGGAUGAGUUGAAUCAUGAAAUGUACUGUAGAGAGACGUAAAGAUGACUUCGGAUCAA